AUGUAUCCUAUUACUCCAGCUUCUGGUGUUGACAAUAAAUCCAUCAACGAAAUUGAGGAAUUCGCAGAAUUCCAUCAUUCUCAGAAGAAGCGUGGUUUUAGAUACGAACUGCGCGAAGAUCGUCAAAGAGAAUUUGUUCGAUCUGUUGCUCAUUUGGAAGGUCUCAAGUACCAACUUCUCUCUUUUCUCUCUCCACACCAACAAUCGGCACUUGGAUUUGCUGAGGACAGACCACAUUCCUCGGCUGAGGUUCAAGAUACGUCAAGGAGCCCAAUUUUACCGAUCCCUAAAGCGCCUCGACCGCCUCCGAGAUUCCCUGUUGAUGCUGGAGACAUCAGCAAUCUUCCCGGAAUGAAGUCCUUGCAGGCAGAAAUACUAUCGUUACGUGAAGAGAUCCGCCGAAUUCCAGGUGUAACUAAAGCCGGAAUACCCACAACAGAAAUCCAGUCUGCAGUCAAUACCAAAACCACUACCUUAACAAACCGGAUCGAAGGUCUCCAAGGUCUCAAAAACGAAAUAAUUGAUGAAGUUAAAGGAGAGCUGCACACCUUUGCUUGCCAAUUGAUGCAAUUUAUGAGUCAACAACGACUACAGGAAGAAAUCAGCAGUGAGAUCUCCUCGGAAGCCGAAACCAUUCCCGGAGUUAGAGUAGCGAAUCCAAUCACUCAUCCCACUCUCUCACGGGCACCUGCUAUCGAUCGGGCCCGCAUAGGAGGGGUUUCCGUGAAGUAUGCGGCUAGUGACACCUCAAAGAUGUCCUUGGCGUUGCCAAAGCGUGUUCAUUCCAAGCAGCAAAAUCGUUAA